CCCCGCACGCACCUCCCUCUCCCGGGGUGACCGGCCAGCAGCCGCCGCCUGAGACACUGCUUUGCACCCCUUUCCCCGGUCCUUGCCGAGGCCACCGCACACACGCACGGCUCACUCCAUCUUGUGAUUCUUUUUCCCUUCCGAACCCUUCACUGGGAGUGCAAGUCUGUCCCCAUCUUUCCAAUCCACCACCACCUCCUCCUCGCUCUCCCACCCCUCCCGAGCUUGGUGUGUUCCUCUUUCCUUCCUCGGCCCCCUUCAUUUUAUUUAUUCAUAUUUAUUUGGCGCCCGCUCUCUUCUUCUCUCUGCCCCUUCCCCUCCCUCCCUCUCUCCGGAUCCCCGCUUUCUCCCCGGAGUGGCGCGUCGGGGGCUCCGCCGCUGGCCAGGCGUGAUGUUGCACGUGGAGAUGUUGACGCUGCUGUUUCUGGUGCUCUGGAUGUGUGUGUUUAGCCAGGACCCGGGCUCCAAAGUCGUCGCCGACCGCUACGCUGUCUACUGGAACAGCAGCAACCCCAGAUUCCAGAGGGGCGACUACCAUAUUGACGUCUGUAUCAAUGACUACCUGGAUGUUUUCUGCCCUCACUAUGAGGACUCUGUCCCAGAAGAUAAGACUGAGCGCUAUGUCCUCUACAUGGUGAACUUUGAUGGCUACAGUGCCUGCGACCACACUUCCAAAGGGUUCAAGAGAUGGGAAUGUAACCGGCCUCACUCUCCAAAUGGACCACUGAAGUUCUCUGAAAAAUUCCAGCUCUUCACUCCCUUUUCUCUAGGAUUUGAAUUCAGGCCAGGCCGAGAAUAUUUCUACAUCUCCUCUGCUAUCCCAGACAAUGGAAGAAGAUCCUGCCUAAAGCUCAAAGUCUUUGUGAGACCAACAAAUAGCUGUAUGAAAACUAUAGGUGUUCAUGAUCGUGUUUUCGAUGUUAACGACAAAGUAGAAAAUUCAUUAGAACCAGCAGAUGACACCGUACAUGAGUCAGCCGAGCCAUCCCGCGGCGAGAACGCGGCACAGACACCAAGGAUACCCAGCCGCCUUUUGGCAAUCCUACUGUUCCUCCUGGCGAUGCUUUUGACAUUAUAGCACAGUCUCCUCCCGUCACCUGUCAAAGAAAACAUCAGGGUCUUGGAACACCAGAGAUCCACCUAACUGCUCAUCCUAAGAAGGGACUUGUUAUUGGGUUUUGGCAGAUGUCAGAUUUUUGUUUUCUUUCCUUCAGCCUGAAUUCUAAGUAACAACUGGGGGAUGGGAGUGGGGGCUAAACUAGUUACCGCCUCCCUGCGUUCCAUCCCCAGUCCUUGCCCUCAACUUCUCUCACCCCUUCCAAAUUAAGUGGACUCCAGAUGAAAAUGCCAAAUUGAGGUAGUGACACCAGUGGUUCUUCAGCUCCUGUGCAUUCUCCUCUCAGCACCUCCGUGAGCACACGGUGUCGUCGGUACAUGGACAAGGAAGAAAGUGGCAGAUGCGUUCAAUGACGGCCAGGCCCAGGAGGGUUUCCCUCUCCUAUACAAUAUUUAUGCCUUCUCAUUCAGGACUGUAAGACGAUCAUACAGGGCAUCAUGUCACCAUGUCAGGUCCAGAGGGGAGGUAUUAAGAAUAGAUAUAACAUUACGCUAUUUCCUCUAGGAGUAUAUAAAUGAACAGGCUUCUAAAAGGUUGAGACACUUUUUUUUUUAAUAUGACUGUCUUAAAGCAUCCUUGACAGCAAAAUUUGUGCUCUGUAAAAGAAGCCUUUUUUUUUUCUCCCCAGGAGGCAGGAUGGACACAAGAAUGCUAAGACAGAACAGGUGUGAAAAAAUACAGAAAGCUGUAUGUUGGGUGGGGGUGUGAGUGCCUCGAAUUUUUUUAGUAACUGGACAAUGUACACCAGAUUUUUUUUUCCUUUGAAUACAGAUCACCAUGGUGCUACAACUUUUUUUUAGGAACUCAAAGAGGCAUUUUUAUGAAUAAAGUGACCUUCCCCAAGGCUGACAAGCCAGGGUUGAUUAGUACAGAGUGCAGUAGCUGUGGCUGCUCCUCUGGGGGACGAUGUGUACAAGGAAAGGAAGUCCGUGGCCAGAGGAGAUGUGACUUGGCCUUGCUGGAGCUCCAGUGUGCUGUGGCCUUUCCCCGACUCCCACCCCAUCCCCCACGUUUUCUCCACACUCCAUUACCACAGGGGUCUCUCACAUAAACCCCUGUCACUAGGAGGGUCAAUAUCAGCACUACUUGGGAGGGCUAAAGGGAAAUUGGAAAAAAAAAUCCAAAGUUUGGAAUAAAAAUUCAAGUGUUGAUUUUAUAUUCUUUCCCUUUCUGACACAGCCUGAAACGUAGGGGGAACAUGUGUUUAUCUGUGGGGAUAAACAAGAUGGAGUCCCAAAGACUUUAACAAAAUAUUUUUUUAAAAAUCCACUAGAAUAGAAAAUACAUUAUUUAGAUAUACUUUAUGCUGAGAGUGAGUAUAUAUGCUUGUCCUAUUUAAACUUGUGAGAAAAAGUGGUAUCCCUUGAUACAUUUAGAAAUAUGGGGGCUAUCUUGUUUCAUUGUAGGGGGUGGGGCAGUAGGAGAAUAAACACAGGAUGACCCUGUUAAAGAAUCGUAGCAUGGCCAACGGGGACGUUCCCAGCUCACUACUAGGAAAUGCAAGCCUUGGGGUUCCUACUGGUGGGGUGUCAUGAACUUUAAACCCCAAAGCCUCAACAGGGAAAAGUGUCAGACCAAUGGAAGUGAUCUAGCCUUUUUGCUAUUGCACGACGUUGAUAAAAACCAUGCCUUUCAAUAAAAAGUAAGUCAAUAAAUGCGAUGAUUAUGUAACAUGAAAAACUGAAAGCAUUCCAGCAAAAUAAGGAUUUUUAUAUAUUCAUUUUUAAGAUGUAUAUGUAAAAAAAAAAAGAGGGGUUCAUAUUAUGGACAGACUUCAUGAAUGGAAAUUUGCUUAGAAUGGUGAGUAGCUUCAUAUUAGAAAAAUAUGUGAAUGAAAGGCAGCUGUACACAUACUGCACCCUAGCGAGCUAUACACGUGUUGAAGUGUAAGCUGGGUCUACCUGGUCCCUUUAGAGUGGAUAUGAUUGCUGAGUGCACUCUCACUUGGAAGCAUGUGACUGGGGCUAGCGGCCUCACAGAUAAAAUCAAUCCUCUUCCCCAGCAUCAGAAACCUCUCUGGGGUGGCAAAGUCUUGUCACAGAAGGCACCCACCAUUUCACUGAAAGACAAGUUCACGACAUUUGAUUCCUUUCUCCGUUAACUAUCUAUAUGCUCACUACUCUCAGUGAUAUUCAGAUAUACUAUUCUUUUUUAUUACUAGUUACAAGCUUGUGGGUCAGAGGGAUAUGAAUAGUGGGGGGAAAGAUACCUUCUAAAAUGGUCAGUAGUCAGAACCAAAAUAAUACUGCAUGUACUACAGUCAAGGAAAUCAAGUGAUCCUAUAAUGAUUCCAGUUAGUCAUAACGACAUUAGCAGUGCUAAUUUCAUUUUAGAAAUGGUGACUUCUGUGGUUUUUCUAGCAUUUGUCUCUAACAAAUGAUGAAAUAAUUACUCAUGAGCAUCUCUGCCAUUGUCUUUCAUUUAUCACCGUGAGAUUAGACCCUUUUACUUCACUGUCUUGCCACCACAAAUUGAGUUAAAAAAAAAAAUAGCAAGACUAUCCACACCAGUAGAUGAUAUGCUUCUCUACCUAGAAGUGAUAUAAUCGUAGCUAAUGCACUUGCCAUGGAGUUUUCAAGAUGAUUGGUGUCAGACAGUUUUUAUCGUGUCCAAAAGGCGCUGGUGGCCUUUUGUGGUGGUGGUGGUACAAACCUCUGGGGGCUUUGGCGAAUGUCGAUGCAACUUUUAGUAGAUUUAAUUUAACAAACAACUCAAAAGCCUGAAGGGUAGCCAUGGUGCCCUCCAGCCCCAGUUAGUCAAACCCCAGCGACCUUUGCCCCUGGUUGCCAAGGGCUUGCAACAUGAAGCAGGGAAUGAGCAUCUGUCUGUUUAGUGGAUACUGUGUAUCCUUUCAUAGGCCAGGUAACAGUUUGUGUUAGUUUAGACUAUUGUUUUGUACUGUACUUUCUUGGGUGGCAGAGGAAAGAAAAGUUAAAACAUUAAAAAAAAAUACGCGUUCUUUAAUUCUGUAUUAUUAGCAACCUCUGUUGUAUAUAGUGUUUGAUAAUAAAGUAUUAAUUUGAUUCUUAUGUCUUUUGUAAGUGAGACCAAUAGACUUUCAGGAUAUAAAACAUGCAUCAAGGCUUUGAAACAUCCAAUGUGUACAUGGCUGAGAAAAGUCACAAAUGGUUGAGUCAAUGCCUCAUACUGGGCUCAUGUGGUCAUUGUCCACCCAGUCUUACAACUCCAUCAUCUUGGAACCUUAAGCAACAGGAUGCCUUUGAGCAAUAUUUUGUCCUCAGUGUUUUCAAGGUCUGAUGUUGGAGCCCUGUGGUCCUCCCUCUCCCAAGCCCACCCCAAGCAUGUGGUUUGAAAAGUUUUAGAGAACUUAGAAACGGUUCUGUCCUUUGGUUUGGUUUCUGUUUGUGAUUGUUUCCAGGACUGUCAUUGUCCCCAAGGAAGUCUUGUCAGUAUCAAAUGGGGCGCCCAUUCAGGAAGGGUAGCAGACCAAUCGUUUUAGGAUGUCCUAGAAGGGCUGUUUCCCUCCGUGUUGUUGUGAAAGGAAGAGUCACACAGUACCUGUGAGUUUUUGGGGACUCUGCUUUUCUCCGGUGCCUUAGCAACGGCUCCAGCCAUUUUUAUUAGUUUCCAAAAAAAAAAAUUAUACAAAGUUUAAAAUUCUGCCCUGUCAUUCAUUGCUCUGAAUUGUGGCCAUUAGCUUUUCUUUUGAAAACCACCUCCACCAACAUCCCCCCCCCCAUUUGCCUACCUCCCCUUUUUUUGCCUUCAACAUUCUAUUUUCCCUCAGAGCCGUGAAUGGGCAGGUCUGUCUCUGGUCUGGCAUCACUGAGUUUUUCCCAUGCAUUUGCCCAGAGCUGCUCGGAUGUGAGACAAAUCUCCCUACAAUGGGCUUGCUCCCAUUGUCUAUAUGGAUUAAUAGAUGCUGGCAUGCUGGAGGUUACCCAUGAGUCAAAAUCUGCUUUCCAUGCUUUCUCCUGACACUCCAUUGAAGCUCCCAUUGUGUGUGCGUCUGGGUGUGACGUCCAGCUCUGUGUGGCCCUGUGCUUGUACUGCCCUGCUUCGCAGCUCCUUUGCACUUCCUCAUCGAGUGCUGUUUUGAAAUGCUGACAUUAUAUAAACGUAAAAGAAAAUGUAAAAAAAAAAAAAAUUUAAACACACACAAACCAACCCAUAC